AGUCGGGCCGCCCGCCGCCACGCCAUCUUCUCCUUCCCGUUAAUUAAAACCAUCAAGCAUAAAACCCUCGCUCGCCUAGCGCGGCCACCUGUCCCCCCUCUCCCCUUCCCCUCUUCUCCCCUCUGCCGCGCCUGCGCGCGAAGCGAAGCCUCUCGCUUCGAUCCUUUGCUUCCCCGCGACUCUUGCCAUGGCGGCCGAUGGCUCCGAGCGCCACACGGCGCAGGUGGUGGGCGCUGAGGGGGAGAUGGACGGCCCCGCGCUGGAGCGGUUCGCGGCGGCGGCGGGGCUCGUGCAGCGCGGCCUCUCCUACGCCGUCGUCUCCAUCUUUGGGCCCCAGGGCAGCGGGAAAAGCACCCUACUCAACCAUCUCUUCGGGACAAGCUUCACCGAGAUGGAUGCCUUGAAAGGAAGGAAUCAGACCACCAAGGGGAUUUGGGUUGCCGAAGCUGUUGGCAUCGAGCCGUUCACUCUUGUGAUGGAUUUGGAGGGGACGGAUGGGAGGGAAAGAGGGGAGGAUGAUACAGCCUUUGAGAAGCAGAGUGCCCUUUUCGCUCUUGCAGUUUCUGAUAUUGUAAUGAUAAAUUUGUGGUGUCAUGACAUAGGCCGAGAACAUGCGGCUAACAGGCCUCUUUUGAAAACUAUAUUUGAGGUUUUGAUGCGUUUAUUCAGCCCUCGGAAAACGACGCUACUGCUUGUGAUCCGUGAUAAAACAAAGACUCCCGUAGAGUAUCUUGCCCAGGCUCUAAAGGAGGAUAUCCACAAGAUAUGGGAUUCUGUUCCCAAACCAGAAGUCUUCAAGAAAGCUGUGCUAAGCGAAUUCUUCAAUGUGGAGGUCACCGCUUUGUCAAGUUAUGAAGAGAACGAAGAACUAUUUAAGGAGCAGGUUGGGAAACUCAGGCACAAGUUUAUUCAUUCAAUCGAUCCCGGUGGUUUAGCAGCUGAUAGAAGAGGUGUCAUACCUGCUUCAGGUUUCUGUAUUAGCGCAAUGCAUAUCUGGAAAGUAAUACGAGAAAAUAAGGACCUUAACCUUCCCGCUCACAAGAUCAUGGUUGCUACUGUUCGUUGUGAAGACAUUGCGGAUGAAAAGCUUAGAUGUUUUAUGUUGGAUGAGGGUUGGUUGGAGCUGGAGGCAGCUGUAACAUCCGGUCCAGUACGAAGCUUUGGCAUGAAGCUUAGCGACAUUAUUGAUUUUUAUCUAUUAGACUAUGACAUGGAAACCAUGUACUUCGACGAAGGUGUGAGAACUGUCAAACGUCAACAGUUACAAUCUGAAAUUGUAAAUGUGAGUAACUCAUUUAAACAUACUCUGGCAAGACAAUAUGAUCAACAGAGCAAGGGUUUGACAAAAUCCUAA